UACACACUCUGACACUAGAUAACGUUUAAUAUCUUAACCUCAAUGAAGUAAAUGUUUUAACAAUUAAAUAAUUUAGCAGUCACAACCUCAUCGAUUUUUUAAAUAAAAAAAACUAGUAAUCGCUGAGUUGAGUUGGUAUCGUAUCUGUGAUUGAUGUUGGUAUUUCAACUAACCUACCAUCACGUAUUUUCCAGAUGAGUUAUGAAGUCAGUCUGGGGUUACUAAGUUUAGUUUGUUUACAUUUAUCAGUCAAAUGAUUCAUAACAUAAUAUCAAGUAUUAUACUCUAUACAUUCUUGAAAGCUGUUUUUUUGCUUAAAUAUUGAAUAUUAGUACUAUUACAUCAUGGCAAGAUCUUUAAUUCCAAGUCAACAAAAACUUGCUGAAAAGCUUACCAUUCUAAAUGACAGAGGAAUUGGAAUGUUAACUAGGAUAUACAAUAUUAAAAAGGCUUGUGGGGAUGCAAAAUCAAAACCUGGCUUUUUAUCAGACAAAACACUUGAAUCAUCUAUAAAAUAUAUUGUCAGAAGAUUUCCAAAUAUUGACACCAAAGGGCUUCAAGCCAUCACACAGAUUCGAAGUGAGAUCAUAAAGUCUUUGUCUCUUUACUAUUACACAUUUGUAGAUCUCUUGGAUUUCAAAGAUGCCGUUUGUGAACUUCUCACAACAAUGGAUGCAUGUCAAGUGCACCUGGACAUUACCUUAAAUUUCGAGCUUACCAAAGCUUAUUUGGACCUAGUUGUUGCCUAUGUCACUUUAAUGAUCCUGCUGUCUAAAGUCGAAGAUAGGAAAGCAGUCCUAGGACUCUUCAAUGCAGCGCAUGAAAUGGUUCACAAUCAAAAUGACUUGAGCUUUCCUCGGCUAGGCCAGAUGAUCAUGGACUAUGAUCCUCCGUUAAAGAGGCUCUCAGAGGAGUUUGUUCCUCAUGCCAAACUUCUCUACUCCGCCCUCAUCUCUCUCUGGCCCAUAUUUCACUCACAUAACCUCUCGGCAGACAAGUGGAGAUCUGACCAAAAGUUGAGUUUAGUUGGAAAUCCUGGACAGCUGUUGAAACCUUCUCAAACAGAAACAAUAUCUUGUGAAUAUCUUUCAAUGGAGAACAUGGAGAGGUGGAUUAUAUUUGGAUUCAUGUUGUGCCACCAAGCUCUACAGCAAGAACAGCCCAAUAAACUGUGGCUAAGUGCAUUGGAAAACAGCUGGGUUGUUGCCCUUUUCCGCGAUGAGGUCAUCUACAUCCAUGCCUACAUACAAGGGUUUUUUGACACCAUCAAGGGCUAUGGCAAAAGAAUCUCAGAAGUGAAAGACUGCUACAAUCAAGCUAUUCAGAAAGCUACCUACAAACAUAGAGAACGAAGAAAGUUCCUACGCACCGCUUUGAAAGAACUUGGACUGAUUUUGACAGACCAGCCAGGCCUUUUGGGACCAAAGGCCUUGCUCAUAUACAUUGCCCUCUGUUUUGCUCGAGACGAAGUCUAUUGGCUUCUCAGACACAAUGACAAUCCACCUCAACAGAAGAGCAAAGGCAAAUCUGCUGAAGACUUGGUGGACAGGCAGCUUCCGGAGUUGCUCUUCCACAUGGAGGAACUGAGAGUUCUGGUGCGCAAGUACAGUCAGGUGAUUCAACGCUACUAUGUCCAGUACCUGGCUGGGUUUGAUGCCAUCGCACUCAAUCAAAUGAUGCAGAAUCUCGCUGUGUGCCCAGAAGAUGAGAGCAUCAUACUGUCUUCCUUAUGCAACAAUAUUGCCAACCUAACUGUCAAACAAGUUGAAGAUAAUGAGUUGUUUGACUUCCGAGCGCUGCGACUGGAUUGGCUGCGACUGCAAGCGUAUGCUUCGGUUGCAAAAGCUCCUCUCGCUCUAGCAGAGAAUAGAGACCUAGCAUCACUGCUAGACUCAAUCUUGUUCCAUACAAAGAUGGUCGACUACUUGGACGAAAUGAUGGUUGAAACAUCAGAUUUAUCCAUAUUUUGUUUUUACAGCAAGAUCUUUGAGGACCAGUUUCACAUGUGCUUGGAAUUCCCAGCCCAGAACCGUUAUAUUGUUGCAUUCCCACUCAUCUGCAACCAUUUUCAGAGCUGCACUCAUGAACUCUGCCCAGAAGAGCGUCACCAUAUUCGGGAAAGAAGCCUUUCUGUGGUCAACAUGUUCCUUGAUGAAAUGGCAAAGGAAGCAAAGAACAUCAUUACAACUAUCUGUGAUGAGCAAUGCACAAUGAGUGAUAAGCUACUUCCCAAACACUGUGCAAUGCUUAUAUCUCAAGUGGUUAACCGUAAGAAGAAGGAAAAAAACAAGAAAAAUAUUUUGGAAAUUCCAAAACCAGGAGAUGAGAGUUACAGGAAAACAAGAGAAGAAUUGACAACGAUGGAUAAACUACACAUGGCCCUGACAGAGCUGUGUUAUGCGCUUAACUACUGUUCCACCAUCAAUGUGUGGGAGUAUACAUUUGCCCCGCGCGAGUACCUUCAUCAACACCUGGAGAAUCGCUUUGCCCGGGCGCUUGUAGGAAUGGUCAUGUUCAACCCAGACACCAGUGAGAUUGCCAAACCAUCAGAGCUUCUGGCUAGUGUACGGGCUUACAUGAACGUUCUUCAGACUGUCGAAAAUUAUGUUCACAUAGAUAUCACCAGAGUUUUCAACAAUGCCCUUCUACAGCAAACGCAACAGAUUGAUAGUCAUGGAGAGAAAACUGUAGCAGCACUCUACACACAGUGGUAUUCUGAAGUUCUGCUGAGACGGGUGAGUGCAGGCAACAUCUGUUUCUCUAUGAACCAACGAGCUUUCAUCAGCCUAACUGCGGAAGGUGCAAUACCUUUCAAUGCUGAGGAGUUUUCUGACAUCAAUGAGCUACGAGCUCUGGCCGAGCUUAUCGGUCCCUACGGCAUGAAACUGCUCAACGAAACUCUCAUGUGGCACAUAGCCAGCCAGGUUCAAGAGCUCAAGAAACUUGUUGCGGGGAAUAAAGAGGUUUUGGUAGCCCUUCGCACAAACUUCGACAAACCAGAAAUAAUGAAAGAACAGUUCAGGAAACUUCAGCAUGUAGACAACGUCCUGCAGAGAAUGACAAUUGUUGGAGUGAUUCUGAGCUUCAGGCAGCUCGCUCAAGGAGCUCUAGUUGAUGUCUUGGAGGAGAGAAUUCCUUUUCUACUCAGCUCAAUCCUUGACUUCAGGCAUCAUCUUCCCUCAGGAGAUCCCAUGAUCGUCAGUGAAAUGGCCUCUGCUGCUGGUCUGACAUGCAAAGUAGAUCCAACUCUUGCAGCUGCUCUUCGCAAUCAAAAGAAUGAAACAGACGAAGAUGAACAUCUGUUGGCGUGUUUGUUGAUGGUGUUUGUGGCAGUUUCCAUUCCCAAGUUGGCUCGCAACGACAACUCAUUCUACCGAGCGUCGUUGGAAGGUCACGCCAACAAUAUCCACUGCAUGGCUGCAGCAGUCAACAAUAUCUUUGGAGCUUUGUUUACAAUCUGCGGCCAAGGAGAUAUAGAAGACCGCAUGAAGGAGUUUCUUGCGCUUGCCUCUUCCAGUUUAUUGAGGUUGGGACAAGAAGCAGACAGAGAAAUCACAAAGAACAGAGAGUCGGUUUACUUACUCCUGGACCAGAUUGUUCAAGAAUCUCCAUUCCUCACUAUGGACCUUCUAGAGUCGUGUUUUCCUUACGCUCUGAUCCGAAAUGCCUACCACGCUGUUUAUAAACAGGAACAUUCUCAGGCAUAAAUGUUAACACUUCAAACCUUUCUUUGUAAAUAUUUCAACCAUAUACAUAAAAUGUUGUUUCUGGCAGUCAAUUCAUUUGUACAUUGGUAGGUGAGUUUAUAUUAAUAUUCAGAAGAGAACUAUUUCUUAUUGUUCUUUUUGAAAUAAAUUAUUAGUUUUGCUUCAUUUAGCAUCUCCGUAUGGUGAAAUAUCUCCGUAUAUUUAUUAUUUAUAACAUAGUAGUUUAAAGCAAUGAUUAGUAAGGUUAUGUGAAAGGAUAUAAAUUUAAUGAGAAUGGUUGAGCAAAGGUUCUGUACAUAAAUGGACAAAUGGUAUGCUGUGUUUAAAAUGAAUUUUUAAGUUAAUAUGGAAAAUCAAUUUAUUCUCAAAAUCAUUAAUACUAUUUGGUAUAAGUAAUACAUCACAAAAAAACUGUAAACUUUUAGAUUUUAGCCCUUAACUUUUUUUUUAAAGUAAAAUGGUAUACCAAAAUAUAAAAACACAUAUAUUGGUUCAAAUUUGAAAAGUCAUGUUUAAAAGUUUGUUUUUAAAAUAUAUCAUUAUUUUACAUUUUCUAUUUUAAUCACUUUAAUCUUUAUUCAGUCCAUAUUAUUAAUUUAACAUAUUGCUCUCAAAAUAACCAAGGGGGGGUGGCUCUUUUCUUGGAAGUAUCCAUUAAGUUUAUUUUUUAAGAAAAUAUUUAUUGUUUACUCCAAAACUAAAGACAUCCCAACAAAUGUUAAAAUUUUGCAAAAAGAUGAGAACCUUUGCCAGGCAGUUGCCAAUUGAAUUAUCUUUAUGUUUAGUUGCAGGUUGUUCUCCGAGUUGUAAUACUAAGAUUAAUGUAAGGAUUCCAAGUACCUGUGUUUUUUAUCGAAUCGUAUAUUGUAAUAAACAUUAUGUUUUACAACUGACCUAGUAAAACUACUUGCAUAGCCAUUCUUACCUAUAACUUACGUAAAACAAAUUAUAUCACAUUGCUUUUUCUAUUAGUUUGCAUUUAUUUGGAAUUAUUUAUUCACUCAAUUUCUUAUUUAUAAAGCACAUUUGGCAUAAUGUUUAAAGCAUUAACCACCAAAAUAAACAUUGAUAUUUGUUAUGAUAUCUCAAUUAUUUAUUCUAUUGAACUGCACGUUUCCAUAAUAUUUAUUUAUGUUAUUAAGCUAUGAUUGAAUGAGUUGUAUAACAUAAUACAUUAGAACAUACAUUUGUCAAGCAUU